AUGUACGUCAGAUCUCCAUGUUUGACAGAAUGGGUGAAUAAUAGAUUCAAAGUAAAAAAUGAAACACUCAUCAAUAUCGGCCUUGAACUUGAAGACUCAGGCGGUGGCGGAACAGCUGGUUCCCAUCCAAACGAAAAACUUUUCUUCACAGAUCUCAUGCAAGGUAGAACAUACGGUCCAGGCUGGCUUUCACCAAUCUUCUACAACACAUUGUUAGAUACCGGAUGGUAUGUUCCAUCCAAAAACCUCAUGGAAGACCUCAUUUACUUAGAUGACCACAUCAAUACAAAGAUCCACGUAAACGAGUCAAUUCUUUUGAAACCACCACAGCAUUCUAUUCCUCUUCCAUACCAAUGCCAAUCAACCUCUCUCCAGGCUUGCUUCUACGAUUACACAUGGACAGGCACAUGCUCACUUGUUCAAUGGAACGAUCCAGGAAAAGUUGAACCGGAAGACAUGAAUAAAAAAGACUGGUACAAUCCAAACGGACAAUCACUUGUCGGCCAGGAUAACAUGCUUGAUUACGCAAACUUAGUUCUUCCAUGGUAUUCAUGCAGAUCAACAGGUGACAAUGGUUUGAAGCGUAUGGUUGAGUUCGAACCAGACUACAACUACUCCAAGUAUGGUGAAGCAUUCUUACCGAACUCAACAUGCGCAAUGUCCACACUUCAACAAGGUUUCACAGGCAGCUUGCUUUCAACAUCAAGAUGCUACGAAGCAUGGUGUGGUACAGAUCACAGAGUCAGAUUGAUUGUCAACGGUGAAGAGUACUACUGCAAGAAAGAUGGUCAACAAGCCAAGUUCUCUGGUUUCGCAGGCUCCAUUACAUGCCCACCUGCCGCUCAAGUCUGCGCAAACAGAAAAUUAAAAGAGAUAUUUGGUGUUACAUCUCUCUUCCCAGAUCGUGGACCAAUCGAUGGACAGAACUUAGUCGCCAUCGUUGGUAACAAUUAUGAUAAUUACCAAAAUGUCACAAUUACACUCGGUACAGUUCCUUGCGAAAUCAAGGUUUACAAGGAUAACUACAUCCUUUGCAAGCUUCAAAAGCCAGAUGAUAAUACACAGAAGUUAAUCAGAGAGAAGUCUAAUAUAUUGAAGCAGACACUUGACACAAACACUGAAAAGAAUGAGUACAGAAUGUUCAAGGCAUUCUACGUUGUAAAGUCUACAAAUAAUAGAACUAACACUACUUAUCCAGAUUCAUACUACUUCACAAAGAGGAAGUAUGACACAGGAAUGAAGGACUAA